AUGCAAAUCGGAUUGCGCUGCCAGAGCCAAAAGAGCGGUUCGCUAGUCCCCGACCCACAACGCAAAGACCCAACCCGGUCCCCUACCGCCAGCAUGUCCACGCAGUCCACGGACAUUUCGCGUGUGGUUCAACUUUGUCGAAAUCUCCGGACCCAGUGCAACAACAGCCCAACAACUACAUCUGCUACCUCCGAAAACGCCUCCAUCACCACCCCUGCACCACCCACCACGGCGUCCACGAUGACGAUCACCAUCACCGGUGAUCACACUCCUCCUGUUCCGCCACUGACUACCGCCACCUCUAUCAUCACUGCCACAACUCUCGCGACGACGGCGACGGCAAGUGUCUCCUCUCCCAUCCCUACUACCGGUGGUAUCACUCUCGGCAUCCCGCCAACCAUCAUCCUCCCGAUCAACGUCCCCGUCACGAGCAAUCCGGACUUGAUCCCAAGCUGUCCUCAUUGCAACCACACCCCGAAAUAG